CCGCCCCCGCGCGCCGUGACGCGCCUGGCCCGCGCCGCCGCGGCGCAUGCCGGGGCGGCGGCGGCGGGACCAUGGCGAGCGACUUCUACCUCCGCUACUACGUGGGGCACAAGGGCAAGUUCGGCCACGAGUUCCUCGAGUUCGAGUUCCGGCCCGACGGGAAGCUGCGUUACGCCAACAACAGCAACUACAAGAACGACGUCAUGAUCCGAAAGGAGGCUUAUGUGCACAAGAGUGUGAUGGAGGAGCUGAAGAGGAUCAUCGACGACAGCGAGAUCACAAAAGAGGAUGACGCGCUGUGGCCGCCUCCUGACAGAGUUGGCCGACAGGAGCUUGAAAUAGUAAUUGGUGAUGAGCACAUCUCCUUUACCACGUCAAAAAUCGGUUCACUCAUUGAUGUAAAUCAAUCCAAGGAUCCAGAAGGCUUGAGAGUGUUCUACUACCUGGUCCAGGACCUUAAGUGUCUAGUCUUCAGUCUUAUUGGACUACACUUCAAGAUUAAGCCAAUUUAAAUCAAAUAAACAUAAGUUUGUAUUGCAGCAUCUGUACGAGGGGAGUGGGGGGGAAGGGGA